AUGGCCCCGCGCGUGGGACAGCCGGGGCUUUGGGGGCCGCUGCUGCCGGGGCUGCUGCUGGUGGCGGCGGCACUGAGCCGGCCCGCCUCGCCCUGCCCCUUCCAGUGCUAUUGCUUCGGCAGCCCCAAGCUGCUUUUGCGCUGCGCGUCGGGCGCAGAGCUUCGGCAGCCACCACGGGACGUGCCGCCCGACGCGCGCAACCUCACCAUCGUGGGCGCCAAUCUGACGGUGCUGCGCGCGGCCGCCUUCGCCGGCGGAGACGCGGACGGGGAGGAGGCGGCGGCCGCCGCGGUGCGCCUGCCGCUCCUGACCGCGCUGCGCCUCACGCACAACAACAUCGAAGUCGUGGAGGACGGCGCCUUCGACGGGCUGCCCAGCCUGGCGGCGCUGGAUCUCAGCCACAACCCGUUGCGCGCUCUGGGAGGCGGCGCCUUCCGCGGGCUACCCGAGCUGCGCUCGCUGCAGCUCAACCACGCGCUGGUGCGGGGCGGCCCCGCACUGCUGGACGCCCUGGACGCCGCGCUCGCUCCGCUGGCCGAGCUGCAACUGCUGGGCCUGGCGGGCAACGCGCUGAGCCGCCUGCCGCCCGCCGCGCUGCGCCUGCCGCGCCUCGAACAGCUGGAUGCGCAUCUCAACUCACUGGUCGGUCUGGACCCCGACGAGCUGCGCGCGCUCGAACGCGAUGGCGACCGGCCCGGCCCGCGCCUGCUGCUUGCGGACAACCCGCUGCGCUGCGGGUGUGCCGUGCGCCCCCUUUUGGCCUGGCUGCGCAACGCCACGGAGCGCGUACCCGACGCGCGCCGCCUGCGCUGCGCCGCUCCGCGGGCGCUGCUCGACCGGCCUCUGUUGGGCCUGGACGAGACGCGCCUGCGGUGCGCCGACGGCGACCCCAAUGGGCGCAGGGACGAGGUGGAUGUCCCAGGUCCGGAGCUGGAAGCCUCCUACGUGUUCUUCGGGCUGGUGUUGGCACUCAUCGGCCUCAUCUUCCUUAUGGUGCUCUACCUAAACCGCCGGGGUAUCCAGCGCUGGAUGCGCAACCUGCGCGAGGCCUGCCGGGACCAGAUGGAGGGCUACCACUACCGCUACGAGCAGGACGCCGACCCGCGCCGCGCGCCGGCCCCGGCCGCCCCGGCUAGCUCCCGGGCCACUUCCCCCGGCUCGGGCCUCUGA